AUGGCUUCUGAGGAUGUCGCACAUACUAUUGAACGCGAUCGACUACCGGUGGUGAAUGACGAGAUCACAGCGGAAGACAACCGAUAUCGUUUGCUUCAAAUCCUUGGCGAUGGUGGAUACGGUACCGUGUUUCUCAGUCAAAACGCCCAGAACAGGAACAUCGCCGUGAAGACGGAAAAAUAUAGCAAGUCGAUGCUGCACAUUGAGGUUAACGUGCUGAAAGCUGCGAACGCCGCUAAAUGCAAGCAUUUCUGCCAGUUAUACGACUACGGCACUUGCAAGCCGGACUACGUCUAUGUUGCGAUGACGCUGCUCUAUAAAGAUCUUCACAAACUGAGAGCAGAUAUGCCAGAAAGGAAGUUCAGCUUUAGCACUGCGCUUCGUCUAGCCAUGCAAACAUUCAAUGCUAUCGAAGAACUCCAUUCCAUUGGAUUUAUAUCCCGCGAUAUCAAACCGGGCAAUUUCGCACCAGGACACAAAGCAACUCGACAAGGAAAAAUCAUUUUCAUGUAUGAUUUUGGCCUCGCCAGAAGGUACCUGGAUAAGGAUUUGAGCCGUAGAGAUGACCUCGAAAGCUGGUUCUACAUGCUGAUCGAAAUCACAAAGGGAAGUCUGCCUUGGCGACUUGUCACUGACCGUAUGCAAGUGUUCGCGGCCAAAACAGCAGCACGUGAAGGAGAAGGCCGAGUGCAUUUCCUCAGUGACACACCACCUCAAUACAAUAUGCUACUCACAUGGAUUGAUGCUAUGGUUUUUGAGGACACGCCUCCAUACUCCAAAUUUUACAGUCUACUCGACGGACUUCGUGAAGAGAAAAAGAUUCGCAUGCACGAGCAUUGGGAUUGGGAAGACGGAACGUCGCCUGUAACAAGCGUAUCCGAAUCUGCUAAGAAG